ACCACAGCCUAUUUGUACCUUCUCCUCAAUGACUACAUUUCAUUUUCCGAGAGUCCGAUCUCAAAGGCAGGCGGCAGGAAGGCAACGUGGUAAAAAAAAAAGAAAUCUAAACGACAGAAACCAGCAGCUGGGAGGAAAAGGGCCUGGAAGAGUAAAUAUGAUGUGGAAUCUACGCUGUCCGGGGACUUAUUUUGUUUCUUUCUGAGAGAGCUGCAGCCCAGAGGAAAUGUGAGUGUUUGUGAAGCACCAUCCAGGAGCGUGAUGAUGUUGAUAAGAGUAAAAACAGAAGGAGACAAUGUGCCUGCUGCAGCAUAUUUGAGGCUGCUGCGCCGCUGUCCUGCAGUAGAUGGAGGAGAUAGCAGUGUGAACGAGGCGGACACACCGAAUGGCGAUGACAUUUCCAGCCUCGACCUGCGGCGAUCCGGCGGAGCAGCGGAGCUCCAAUCCCCCGAAAGAGAAGGUUAAAAAGCGAGCAGCUGCCACAUUCGCACGUCCUUUCCAAUGCAACCACCGGGCUGAUUAAAACAAAGGAAGGUGUAAAAUGUGGAAGUUUGGCGCAGGUUGCUGGAGUGUGAGAAGGCUGUUGUUGGUGCAAGACCCUGUUACGUACAACAGGUGGCGACACACGAGGGAGUUCAGCGGCAAACGGAAGUUGGCCGAGGAGGAGCCUCAUUGGUCGAGCCGCAGUGACGUCACAAGGACUCGUCCCGGUCAGCUCUGUCACUAUGGCGGCGGUGGAUGUCAUUGUGGACAACUUGGUGACUCUCUGGAGGAUACCGGCAGUCAGGCAAAACUUCCACUGGAUAUUUUUGCUCAUUUCGGUGGUGGGAUCGAUUCUGAAAGAGCUGGAGCUCGUCCCGGAGACGUACUUCAGCAGCAACAGAAAUGCCCUGAAUGUGUAUUUUGUCAAGGUAUCCUGGGGGUGGACGCUGCUGCUGCUGACCCCCUUCCUCCUCCUCUCCAACUCAACCGUCAGCCGCAGCGCGGCCUCCCUCGGCCGCCGGCUGCUGUCUCUGGCGGUGGCGACAAUCAUCUGGUACGCCUGCACCGAGGCCUUCUUCUACGUCGAGGACGUGACCGGCUCGUGUUUUGAAACGGACGGCGCGGACGUUGUCAUCAGGGAGUUCACAUCCAAAGUCGGCUGCAGGCGGGCCGGCUACCAGUGGCAAGGCUACGACAUCUCGGGACACUCCUUCAUCCUGGCCUACUCGUCUCUCUUCAUCAUUGAGGAAACUGCGCCCAUGACCUUCCUGAAGACAGCCGGUCUCUCUGCGCUGCCCAGGAUGGUGCUAAACUUGCUCUACGUAGCCUUGAAUCUGAUCGUGAUUGUUUGGGUGUGGAUGUUUGCGUGCACCUCCGUUUACUUUCAUGACCCGUCUCACAAACUGCUAGGGACGGUAUGCGGGCUGCUGGGGUGGUAUCUGACAUAUCGGGUUUGGUAUCUAAAGCCAUGGUCGCCAGGACUCCCUCCUCGGUGCCACCUGAAGGACUGAAGCUACACACCUGAGCUGCGGUCAUGCUUUCCUGUAGUUUGUUAUUGUUGCAGCCAUCCUCAUCACAACACACUACAUUUGAUGUUAUCUUUCUUUGGGUCCAAGCUGGCCAAUUCUAUUAGUUAUUCCCUCCUUACAGAAAGGUUGCUUUGUACUGGAUGGUGUUUGGCAGCUGCUGUUCCCAAAAUGACUUAGUAAUCUGAGAUAAAAGCAAGACGCUGCUCUGCUGCACAGCUUCAGCCUCUCACCUCCAUCCACCGAGGCUCGCAUGCUCCAACAUUGUUUGUCCCGCAGUUUGUUGCCUAUUAGUUUUCGACUCUUGGAUGAGUUAUCGCAGCUUUUUAGACUCAUUAGAACAUUUCGAAUGUUUACAGCUCCAUUGCAGAUGAGAUACUGAAUCAAAUGAUUUAAAUGAGCUGUUGCGUAUGAGCAGAUUUAUUGUGACUGUGUGUCGACACGAUAAGUCAAGUAUGCUCAGAGAAUGCAUCUUCAUCAUCAUCAUAUAGAAAUAGGGAGUAUAUACAUGGUUUUAGAUGGCCAUCAUAGACACACUUUAAUUUUAAGCCAGCCCUGCAAGGGUCAAUUGGUAAUUAAUUAAAUGGUUUAGUUUGUUAAUGUUUAUAACUAAUUAUUAUAUGUAGAUUUUUUAAUUGAUCAAAAAUGGCCAUCAUAUUUCAAAUUCAAAUAUUAAGUUGUGUCCAAGCAAAAGUAAACAAAUCCUCGGGAUUGUUUGGGUUUUGUGCUUGGAAAGAUAACUUAAACAUAUUUAUUGUCAAAGUGUUAUUUCCGUUUCUGUUGGAAUAGUUGACUACUUUUUUUUUAAGUUGGAAUUUGAUUUGUUUUCAACGACACCAUGAAAAGGCCAAAUAUAAAUUGAUCUUACAAGUAUUGUCAAAUUUUGCCAAAGCCUGAUUAUUUAUAUAUGAUAAAUUCCUCUUUUAUCAUGGAGUGCCAAACUAUUAAAAACGCAUCACUGAUUAACACGGACACUGACCUGUAUGUUCGGUCCCAUCGCAUAAAUACUCACUAAAUAAACAAAUCCUUUUUAAUCUCCAUCUGAAAAUAGUUAACUAAAAACUGCAAUGCCCCGUUGGCAGCAAACUUUUUUUUUUUUAUCUGAAAGUUGGUUCAUGUCCUCAGUAGAAACCAAUGGGCCUGAGUCUGAGUGCCACAAACAGAGUAGGGAAGUAUUAAGCAUUAAAAUAAGGAUAUAUUGUGUACUCAAAUAUAAAACCGUCCUUAUCCUGCAAUGAGACACUUAGGGAAGCUUACUAUUGGUACAUUUCUUUAUGAAUAUUGAUUUGUCAAACAAUGUCAAAUGUUGUCGCACUGAUGUGUACAUUUCUUGAUGUGUCAAAUACACAGUUACAAACUAGGCAGAAGGGAACAAUGUACGUUAAAAUGAAUAAAAACAGGAUCUGUUUA